CGCGGCCAGGUGAGCUGGCGGCGGGAGGCGGCGGCGCGGGGCAACGCCGAGGCCCAGGGGCCGGCGGAGCCAGCCGGAACCCGCCCCCUUCGUCUCCCCCUGGCCCCCGCCCUGUUGCCAGCAUCGGUCCCUGCGGCGCGGACGCCCGGGUCGGGAGAGAAAGGUCCUGAAGAUGGCAUAGUGUAAAGGCACCUUCCAAUGAGUGGGAACAUCUUAACCUGUGGGUGCCGGCUUGGGCCAGAGGCUUCGUGUUGAGCUGAAGGAACUUGUCUGCCACUCUCCUGAAAACCUCUUUCUCUCCUAAUUCAUGAGCCAGCAGGAUGCGGUCGCUGCACUUUCAGAACGCCUUCUCAUAGCUGCGUACAAAGGCCAAGCAGAGAAUGUGGUUCAGCUCAUCAACAAGGGUGCCAAGGUAGCGGUUACCAAGCAUGGCCGGACCCCACUGCAUCUUGCUGCCAAUAAGGGCCAUCUUUCCGUGGUCCAGAUCUUGCUGAAGGCUGGCUGUGACCUCGAUGUCCAGGACGAUGGAGAUCAGACCGCCCUGCACAGGGCCGCCGUCGUGGGGAAUGCCGAGAUCAUUGCCACACUCAUCCAUGAGGGCUGUGCUUUGGACAGACAAGACAAGGACGGGAACACGGCUCUGCACGAGGCAUCCUGGCAUGGGUUCAGCCAGUCAGCCAAGCUGCUCGUUAAAGCAGGAGCCAACGUGCUUGCCAAGAAUAAGGCGGGCAACACCGCUCUGCACCUGGCCUGCCAGAACAGCCACUCCCAGAGCACGCGCAUCCUCCUGCUGGGCGGGUCCCGAGCUGACCUCAGGAACAACGCAGGCGACACCUGUUUGCACGUUGCCGCACGCUAUAAUCACUUGUCCAUCAUUAGGCUCCUCCUCAGUGCUUUCUGUUCUGUCCAUGAAAAGAACCAGGCUGGAGACACAGCACUUCAUAUUGCCGCUGCACUAAAUCACAAGAAAGUGGUUAAAAUCUUACUGGAAGCUGGAGCAGAUGGGACCAUCGUUAAUAAUGCAGGCCAGACUCCACUGGAGACUGCCCGCUACCACAAUAAUCCAGAAGUUGCUCUUCUCCUCACUAAAGCUCCCCAGGUCUUGCGCUUCAGUCGUGGGCGAAGCCUGAGAAAAAAGAGAGAGAGGAUCAAGGAAGAGAGGAGAGCCCAGUCUGUGCCAAGAGAUGAGGUGGCACAAAGCAAGGGUAGUGUCUCAGCUGGAGAUACCCCUAGCAGUGAACAGGCUGCACUCAGAAAAGAAGAGGCCAGAGAAGAUUUCCUGUCAGCCUCCCCUGAGCCCAGGGCAAAGGACAGCGGGAGGAAAAAAUCAAGGCCCAAGGUGUCAGCAUUUUCUGACCCCGUCCCGCCCACAGACCAACAGCCUGGACACCAGAAGAACUUGCAUGCUCACAGUCACCCUAAAAAGAAGGGCAGGCAUCGGUGUUCAUCUCCGCCACCUCCCCACGAGUUCAGAGCAUACCAGCUCUACACAUUGUACCGGGGCAAGGAUGGCAAAGUGAUGCAGGCACCAAUAAAUGGUUGUCGAUGUGAACCACUCAUCAAGAAGCUGGAGAAUCAGUUGGAGGCAACUGUGGAGGAGAUAAAAGCAGAGCUGGGAUCUGUUCAGGAUAAAAUGAAUGUAAAACUGGGACAUAUGGAGAAUAAGACCCAGCACCAACUGCGCGUUCUGGACAAGCUGAUGGUUGAGCGACUCUCAGCUGAGAGAACCGAGUGCCUGACUCGUCUGCAACAGCAUUCAGAUGCAGAGAAGCAGGAGGGAGAGAAACGACAGAUGUCAUUGGUGGAUGAAUUAAAAACCUGGUGCAUGUUAAAGAUUCAGAAUCUGGAGCUGAAGCUUUCUGGAGAGUCUAGGGCCUCCAGGGCUAAAUCCACACCAUCUACUUGUGAGUCUUCUACAGGUGUUGAUCAGUCAGUGGUGACUACAGGUCCAGCAGCAGCUUCAGAUAGUUCUCCUCAGGUGGUGAGGCCCAAGGAAAAGGCCCUCAACUCGAGUGCUACACCCAGACCCCCGCAGGAGCUUUCUUCCUCUGAUUGUACAGGCUCCCAGCUGAGGAAUGUCAAGGUCCAGACAGCCUUGCCACUCUUGAAUGAGGCAGCCAAAUGUGAUCAGCAGGCUGGGCCCUGUGUCGACAGAGGCACCCAGACCAAGAAGCCUGGGAAAAGUGGGCAGGCGAGGCAUCGAGCCCAGCACCCGGUACCUAGCAUCUCCUGUGGGCAGCCACCAGCAGCGGCAGGCCACGAGCACGCCACCCCUCACAUUCGAGACACCUCCCAAGCUCUGGAGCUCACCCAGUAUUUUUUUGAGGCUGUUUCUUCCCAGAUGGAAAAGUGGUAUGAAAGGAAAAUAGAAGAAGCACGAAGUCAAGCCAAUCAGAAAGCCCAGCAAGACAAAGCUACACUGAAAGAACAUAUUAAAAGUUUAGAAGAGGAACUUGCCAAACUAAGGACAAAGGUGAAGAAGGAAAAUUAGGGCCUCAGACAAUGAAUGAGGUAGGAUUCUUGAGGAUUUCAGGUUUUACAACUCAGAAUAGCUCUGCUCGAGGUGUUAACUGUACACAUAGCAGAUUUGCCUUUUUAAAAAGUCACUAAUUUCAAAAAUGUGCCAGACACAUUUCCUAUUCCCUGAUGUCAUGAAGACUCCAGCAAUUAAACUGAAACCAGGGGAAGCUAACUUAGUGUCAGGUUUCGUUACAAACUCCAGACCCUUUCCAGAUUCAUCUGAAGUUCAAAAGCUCAGGUUAAGUUAAAGGAUGGAAAGCCUAAACCCUAAAAUUCAGGAUGUAUGAAAUAAUAUGAAUUAAAAACAAGAAGAUAAAUUUAAUCCCUUGUGAAUGUAGAUCAAGUAGUCAUUCAUAUAAAUUGAAGCACACCUGCUGUGCCUAGACAAGAGUGUCCCUAAGACUAUAUCCCCAAGACCCCUAAACCCUCUCAAGUUCAAAUUCUCAAAAUGCUGACAUUCCAACCAGGUGGAAACUUACAAAUAGAUUUUGAGGAGAUUUUCGUGGUGUCACCAGAACCAAUAUAUCUUAAAAUUAUUUGAAGUAUCAAUGUAUUUAAAUAAUGAAUAAUUGGCUAAUAGCACUGGAAACAUUUGCUAAACACGAGCUUAAAUGAGAACGUUUCCAAUCACUUGAUCAUGGUUCCUGUUAUUUUGAGUCAAAAAAUUAUUGAUAAAUGUUAGUGAUUUUAGAGUGGAUUAAUUGAAAAAACAGUCACUUAAAUAAUUACUUGAAACUUCUGUAACAUAUUCAUAAUCAAAUCCAAUUAGCCUAGAGUACUUUCUGAAUUUCAGCGUAUUGGUUUAAAUUUUAUAAAGAAAUAAGGCUACCUCUUGAAAGUAUUUUCUUUUGAAUUGAGUUCUGUCACUGAAUUAUCUUAAAAGCUUGCCACUGCUUUGCAAUGAUUAUGUCAGGCUAAAUACUUUAAUAACUUGAUUUAGACCUCAUUGUCCCCAUCUUCAUGGAGCACAAAGGAUUUCACUUUGGUUCAUAAUGAAACUCAAACACAGAAACAAGUUGUGAAAGCAGCUUGAGUAUGUUGAAACUUUGGAUUUUAUUCUGUUCCAAGCUUCUUGUGCCUUGGAAUAUAGAAUUAUGUUCAUCUCUUCAGAAUUACAUGUAUGCAUAGAAACUUCAAUUAUAUUUCUAUAAACAAAUAUUAACCAGAAUCUAGUAACUGUUGUCCAUAAUUGUGAAUAGAAUGCUGUUCAUUGAGCCAAGAGAAAAUAAUUUUUCUUGAAUUGGGGAUGCCGAGAAAAACAGAAAGUAUGCUUCUAGUCCCUUUGUUUUUUGCCUAUCAAGU